CACAUUUCGGAGAAGAAAAUACUUUGCAGUUUGAACAGUCACUCCUUUCCAAAAUUUGUAGGGUGUUUGGUGUCUGAUCUGUUGGGGUUCUGUUGUGUCCCCGAUCAGAGCCAUGGACGCCUUGAUGUUAGCGAAGGAUGUUGUGCUGGUUGAACUUGUGAAAGUCAUCCCCGACGACGUCAAAAAUCUUGAAGAAUCUGAAGUUCGACUUAUUGCUUACACAACAGCAGUCGUUCUUGUUUUGACUUGGCUCUGGUCUUUUUUGAAUCACAAGAAAAGCUUGUGGCAGAGGCUGAAGGAUUUCUCAUUCGGAUUCUUGCGAUCACUGCCUAUUGUGAAUGGCUAUGUGAAAUCAGAGCUGGACAAAAUAUUGACAGAUCUCACGAAAGAAGAUGCUUUUCGCACUCAUAAAGGUGAAGUGUUCACCACGCGAUUGCCUGCCUCAGGACUCGGCAGGAAACAGGUCGUAAGUCGUGCCACGGAGAUGGAUGAACUGCUUGGUGGUGCCGACUGGAAAAAGGGACGUUGCUCUGGCACGGUGUAUUUCAACUCUGAGGAACUGAGUGAGACUUUGUGUGAGGUGUAUUCGAAAUUUGCCUGGUCCAACCCUCUCCAUGCGGACGUAUUUCCCAGUAUAAGGAAGAUGGAAGGCGAGGUGGUGCAAAUGGUGGUGGAGAUGUUCCAUGGCCCUGAAAAUGCGUGUGGCGCCAUGACGUCAGGCGGCACGGAGAGCAUUCUCAUGGCAUGCCGUGCUUACCGGCAGAUCGGAUACGAGCGGGGCAUUGCCGUCCCCGAGAUCGUCGCACCCUUCAGUGCUCAUGCCGCGUUCGACAAGGCGUGUGAAUACUUCCACAUGAAGCUUGUACAUGUAGCCCUUGAUGAGCAGAGCCGGCAAGUUGAUAUCCGCGCAAUGCGUAAGGCUAUCACUAGCAGUACUGUCCUGUUGGUCGGCUCAGCACCACAAUUCCCACACGGUGUUAUUGAUGAUAUUGAAGCUAUUGCCGCACUUGGCCGUCAGUACAGUGUCGGUGUACACGUCGAUGCCUGUCUCGGUGGCUUCCUGAUCCCGUUCAUGGAGGAAGCUGGCUUUCCACUGCCGCUCUUUGAUUUCCGCGUUACCGGCGUGACAAGCAUAUCAGCCGACACUCACAAGUAUGGCUUUGCACCCAAGGGUUCCUCGGUCAUUUUGUAUGCCAGCCAUGACCUGCGCCACCGACAGUACUUCGUAGCACCCGACUGGCAAGGCGGCAUAUACGCAUCACCGUCGAUCGCUGGCAGCAGAGCCGGUGGCAUUAUUGCUGCCUGUUGGGCUGCCAUGAUGUUCAUGGGUCAAGACGGUUACGUCACAAGCACGAAGAAGAUCGUCACCACGGCGCGCUAUAUGAAGGAGUCUCUCAGCGAUGUUCCCGGCAUCUUUAUCUACGGCGACCCCAACGUGUCUGUCAUUGCUCUCGGCUCCAAUGACUUUGACAUCUAUCGACUCGGCGCGGCCCUGGGCAAGCGUGGCUGGAACCUCAACACUCUUCAGUUCCCUGCCUCCAUACACAUCUGCUGCACACUGCGGCACACUGAUGGCGGCGUUGGCGAGGCGUUCGUCACCGACGUCAAGGAAUGCACGGCCGAGAUCAUGAAGUCACCGCGCGCCAAGAGCACCGGCUCGGCGGCUAUCUACGGCAUGGCGCAGUCCAUUCCGGACCGCUCGCUCGUCAAGGAGAUUGCCUGGGGCUUCCUCGACACCUGUCUCAAUGCCAAGCAUUGACCUGCAGCAACUGUGUAUGGUAGCCAGUCACUGCGUAGCCCGUUGAAGGCCUGAGCCCGUUGAAGGCCUGUGCUACCAACGGUACAUAAAUCAAGUGCGUGAAACUCCGCAGCUGCUGCUCAGGAUCCACGGCGGAACUUUGUGUUGACAUCGCCUUGUCAGAAUGCAUCAUAUAGAACAAAAAUAAUCUUCCAUGGGUCACCCCAAGCAGAGUUGCAUACUCUUGCUUAUCUGUUCCUGUUGUUACCCAUCACAAUAGGUCUAUUUUCUCAUCAGUGGUCUUCUCUUAUGCAUAAAAUCAAGAACAAAUUUUGAUACUUUUUCUCUCUCUCCCAGAAAUGCCAUACUUCAAAUCUUGUUUUGUCGAGUCGUGGUAUAGCAUGUUUUCAGAAUUUGAUACACCAUGACUGCGGGUCAGUUAUCGGAGUGGGUGCGUCUUUUCAGUUAUCGAUUUAUGGUAUCAUCUGUUUCAUCUCUAUCUUGUUUUCGUGCAAGUAGGUUCUUGUCAGAUA